AUGACGUCACCUUCGCCAACCGCGACGUCCCCGACGCGGGUCGGAUAUCGCUUGGACCCUGUACGGACUCGAGUGGCGGAUGCUGAGAAGAGCUGCGUGCUCAAGAUGCUCAACAACACGACCAUGGACUCGGUGUACGAACUCCGGCGAAGACAGAUCCGGAAGACCGUCGGGUACUUGUACGCCCGGGUCGGGUCGCCCAUCAACGUGGGCGAGCAGGCGUUCUUGACGGCGUUCAACGUCGUGAUGAACAUGUUGUGGGGCGGGAUAGGAGAGGGAGACGAGAGGGCGGGUCUCGGAGCAGGGGGCGGAGUUUCAGGAAGUGGUGUCGGGAAGCGGGUGAAGAGGCUGGUCCGGAGGUUGGAUGAGAUAUUUGAGGAGAUGAUUGAUCGACGGCUGAGGAUUGAGAAGGAUGGCGGCAAAGAGAGCAAGGAUUUUUUGGCUUUUUUGUUGGGUUUGAAAGAUGAGGUGGAUUCUAAGAUGCCUCUCACCAUGAACCACGUCAAAGCCCUGCUUGUGGAUAUGGUGACGGCUGGAACCGACACAUCCUCCAACACAGUAGAGUUUGCCAUGGCCGAAGUCAUGAACAAACCGGAGGUGAUGCAAAAAACCCAGCAAGAACUAGACGCCGUAGUUGGCAAGCACAACAUUGUAGAAGAAUCCCACAUUCAUAAACUACCCUACUUACAAGCCGUCAUGAAAGAAACCCUUCGCUUGCAUCCAGUCGUGCCACUCUUAAUCCCUCACUCCCCAACCGAAACUUGCACCGUCGGAGGCUACACCAUCCCGAAAGGGUCUCGGGUUUUCGUCAACGUCUGGGCCAUACACAGAGACCCUUGUAACUGGGAGAACCCAUUGGAGUUUGAUCCAAACAGGUUCUUGGAUAGUAAAUGGGAUUACAGUGGAAGGGACUUCACCUAUUUGCCGUUUGGGUCUGGGAAAAGAAUAUGUGUCGGGAUCGCUAUGGCUGAGAGGAUGGUGAUGCAUUUGCUUGCUACGCUUUUGCAUUCUUUUGACUGGAGAUUGCCACAAGGGGAAGAGCUGGAUCUUUCAGAGAAGUUUGGGCUUGCUAUGAAGAAGGAGGUGCUUUUGGUUGCCAUCCCCACUCCAAGCUGCCCUGGUGAGCCCAUCUGCAGGGCCCAUAGCUUUCUAACCCAACACCCAUUUCUUCUUCUUCUUCUUCUUCUUCAUCAUACUACACCUCUUCGAUAUGCAGAGAGCUACAAAAUGGGGACGAGGACAAAUUUCUACAAGAACCCUUCCAUUGCUUACAAGAAGGACCUCAGUCUCUCCUCCGUUCUUCAGAACCUGAAAGCUUACAACAUCGCCACUGGAAAUGCUCCUCCGAUUGAAGAACGGCCACCAGCUGCUGAUGGCAAAACGGCAUGUCGUAAACGCCAGCGUAAUCCGGAACUGCCACCGCCGCCUCGUCGUCAGACUCAGAACCGUGAAAUCGAAGAGAACGAUGGGCCUAUAAAAGAAGUUAGUGCAUCGCAGGCGUAUGAGGAAUUGACUGCUGAUGUUUUGGGAAAGCCGGGAACUUCGUGCCUAAAGUUGGUACAAUAUGACAGUGAUGACAGUACUUCGGAAUGUGAGUUGAAGCAGGAUUCUCCAAGUUCUGGUCACAUAAAUGAAUCUGAUCGAGUAAAGAGCAGAAGUGAACAGCGUUUCCCUCAUCCAGGAGAACCUGUUUGUGUAAUAUGUGGUAAAUAUGGAGAAUAUAUAUGCAACGAGACCAAUGACGACAUCUGCAGCAUGGAGUGCAAAGCUGAUCUAUUGGAAGCUCUUAAAGUUGUGAAGGAGCCCUCGAGCAAUCAAAGACAAGAUGUCUCCUCAUCUGGACCCAAAUUUACCUUACCAAUGCCUGAUUUUGGUGAGGACACUUGGGAUUAUGAGCGGCAUCGCUGGUCCAAGAAGAUUUCCAGUCUUUCUACUUAUGAAUGUUGGAAAUGUAGAAGGCCUGGACACCUUGCUGAAGAUUGUUUGGUGAUGACAAGUAACCAGGUGACAUUGGGCCAAGGCAAACCCAAUUCAAUACCUGCUGACCUUCUUGCAUUGUACAGAAGAUGCCACCAGAUAGACAAAAACAUGUCAGCUGCAAAGUGCAAUGAAUGCUAUAGCUCACUAAAUUUAGCCACAUGCCUUCAUUGUAGCAUUCCUCUCUGUGACAAUGCAGGUCAUUUGAAUGAGCAUAUACAGGCAAAUCCAUCUCAUCGACAAUAUUAUUCUCAUAAGAUCUCUCGUCUGGUGAAAUGCUGUAAAUCAACAUGCAAAGUGACUGACAUCAAGGAUCUUUUGACAUGCCAUUACUGUUUCGAUAAAGCUUUUGAUAAGUUCUAUGACAUGUAUACUGCAACUUGGAAAGGCACAGGGCUUUCAAUCAUAUCGGGUUCUAUUUGCUGCGAAGAUCACUUUGCUUGGCAUAGGAUGAACUGUAUGAAUGCUAAUGUGGAAGAAAGUGCAUAUAUCAUCAGUAAGAGUUCCCAGAAACACAAGCGUGUUCAGCUCAGUGACUUCAUUUUCUAA